UCCACGUGGUCAAACCCGGAAGUUUUCAUCGUGCUCCUCAUAUGCCAACCUCUGUUGACAGUCCGUUCAUUUAGCAGACAACUCGACGUGGUUUUAGAUUGUAACCAGACGUGCUUUUUUAAUGCUUAUCUGAAGAAAUGGCCCAGGAAGUGUGCAGUUUGAAGGCGCGGCUUGAGGAGAAAGAAAAAGAGAUCGUUGAUCUCAAGAAUAAACUGGCUCAGCUUGAAAAGAGUCACGCCUCAGUGCUGGAGCUGCAGGACAAAGUGACACCGCUCAGUCCCCUAACAGCCAAACCAGCACUCAGCAAUGAGGACAUCAUGCGCUACAGCAGACAGCUUCUCCUGCCCGAGCUUGGUGUAAAAGGCCAGCUGAACUUAUCCGGAGCAUCGGUGCUGAUUGUGGGCUGUGGAGGACUAGGCUGCCCACUCGCCCAGUACCUAGCAGCAGCAGGUGUUGGGCGUCUUGGUCUGCUGGACUAUGAUGAGGUGGAGCUCAGCAACCUCCACAGGCAGGUUCUUCAUGGAGAGGAGAAUCAGGGCCAGGCUAAGGCUCUGUCUGCUGCUAGGGCAGUUAAAAGGCUGAACUCUACCGUGGAGUGUAUUCCCUACCAUCUGCAGCUCUCGCCAGAGAACGCCUUGCAGCUCAUUCAACAGUAUGACAUUGUAGCUGACUGUUCAGAUAACGUUCCCACACGUUAUCUGGUAAAUGACGCCUGCGUGCUCAGCGGCAAACCUUUGGUGUCGGCGAGUGCUUUGCGAAUGGAGGGACAGUUGACUGUGUAUAACUACUGCGGAGGCCCCUGCUACAGAUGUUUAUAUCCACUUCCCCCACCUCCAGAGACGGUAACCAACUGUUCAGAUGGAGGGGUGUUAGGAGUAGUUCCAGGUAUAAUGGGCUGCUUCCAAGCCUUAGAGGUCCUCAAAAUUGCCUCUGGGCAGGGUUCUUCCUGCGGUCAGCAGCUGCUGAUGUUUGACGCUCAGGGUUUCAGAUUCAGGCCCAUCAGGCUGCGGCCCAAGCAGGCUGACUGCGCGGUGUGUGGAGAAAGCCCCAGUGUGACGCAACUGAUUGACUACGAGGCUUUCUGUGGGUCUGCUGCCACAGAUAAGGUUGGUCAUUACAGGAGCUUAUCACAGCGGUCCUAUGCAAUCAUGAAAAGUAUGGAAUAUGAUUGUCAUUUUCCAAAUCUACAUAAGUGUGGUAUAAAGAUGAUUAGCUGGAGUUUCAAAAUUAUUUUACACAAUCCUCUAUCUAAAAGACUGAAGGACAGAUAAUGUCAUAAAUAGGUGCCAUAAAAUUCCAAAAGAUGAAAGUAUGGAAAGCAUGUGGCACGUUUUCUACACAGAACCACGGUGAGG